CAGCGACAGGGCUGUAAACGCCUCCUCUAGACGGAGCCUGAUUGGAUGGUUCCUUUCUCCCUAACGUGACCGCUGGAGAGAGAAGGGGGCGGGACCAAGCUGUUCGAAAAGGGGCCGUCGGGUGGUUAGACUCCCGCGCGAAGCAAGUGGGGAGGGAAUUGCAUGUCACGUGAUGGACUAAGAUGGCGGUUUCUACCGAAGGCACAGACUUGGAAGCCUCAUUGCUGAGCUUUGAAAAGUUGGAUCGAGCAUCACCAGACCUCUGGCCAGAGCAAUUACCAGGUGUUGCUGAAUUUGCAGCUUCUUUUAAAAGUCCCAUCACAAGUUCUCCUCCUAAAUGGAUGGCUGAAUUAGAAAAUGAUGAUAUUGACAUGUUAAAAGAGCUGGGGAGUCUCACCACAGCAAACCUGAUGGAGAAAGUAAGAGGUCUUCAGAAUCUGGCAUAUCAGUUGGGCUUGGAUGAAUAUUCAGCAUUCCUGCUUUCCCCUGGAUGUUCUCAGUGGCUGCUGACAACAGACUUUGUGACAUUUUUGAAGAAUAUUUUCCUGGCCAAUUUGACAGAAAGGGGAUUUCUGUAUACCCUGUUUCCCUGAAA